AUGCCCACCAAAACUCGCCCGGUCGAGAAAUUUGCAAAGGCCACGGCCAAGUGUGCCACGGAGGCGGCGGCAUACGGCAAGUGCGUGGUCGCGGACUACAACUCCGUCCACAAGGACAUGUGCGCUAAGGAGUUUCUGCGGCUGAAGGACUGCUAUCUGGCCGCAUCCAAGAAGGGCUAG